AUGCGACGAUCGAACCUCUUCUUGAGCCCAAGCAAAGGUGGAUUUGGACUUGUGAACCUCGACAUUAAGCUCAAAGUACAGAGGUUCCUCUACUUCAGGGACCAGGACGAUCCAUUCCUCAGAAGCUGCACGCAGACACUUGGAGCACAUCACCUCCAUAGGUGGACAGUGUCACUAGAAAAUCCGGCAAGGGCAAAGGAGACUAGGGCGUUCUACAGGGAGAUCGGAGCGGCUAUUGUGUUUUUUGAAAUGCGGUUCUCUUGGGACUACCUCAGCAAGGUUAAACGAAGAAAGCUCUACUGGGAUACUGUAGACAGCGUGACACCAGAACCGCUCUAUCGGAAGUUCCUUCUCACAACAGAAGCCCAGAACGUCUUCAAAAGGCUACGCAAGUUCUGCGUACCAUCCGGCGCGAAGGACCUCUUCACAAGGUUCCACUGCGAAGUGUUGCCGGUCAAAGUCUGGCUGCAGAGAAAAGGAUUCUUUGUCCCGUGGUCAGUGAGGUGUGACCUGUGCAGCGCUGAAGAAGACCUGUUUCAUGUGUUUGUAAACUGCAAACGAGCACGAGAUUUUUGGGAGCAGUUCAGAGCGUGCACCGGUCUGGACAUCAACAUUGACUGGUUUUCUCUAAAAUUCCUCGUGUUCGACGGCUGCGAAGACAACAACACGUCGGCCGCUCUGGUGGUCAUCGGUCUCCACUCCUUAUGGCGGUACAGGAUGGCCAUUUCUGAAGGCAAAGCCAAGCCGAAGACACCAUGGAACCACUUCCUCACCAGCCUUGAAUGGGUGCUCACAGUGGUGACAGCACGGGAAGACGAUAUCACUUGCAGCGGACUUAGGAGCCUGCUGCAGACCAUCACAGCAAGGAACAAGUACGCCAGCUGGUGA